UAUUUUUUAAAAUGGAUUUAAUAAGUUCCGACCUCGUGGUGAAAUAAUGUGAAAGUUAAUUAACUGUAAGAAAAAAAUAUCAAUUAAGAAAAACCACAAUGACGACUAAGGAAUUAUACACGAAGGGCGCCCGAGUAUGGGUGGAGCACCCGAUAAAGGUGUGGGAGGGCGCCACUGUCACCAGCGAUUACCGGUCUGGAGUUGUCAUAGUCCAGAUAGAUGAUAUCAAUGAAAUACGGCAGAUAAAGAUCACAGAUGAAAGACGCAUGCCGCCGUUGCGGAAUCCGUCGCUCCUGAUUGGUCAAAAUGAUCUCACUUCUCUUUCUUACCUGCAUGAGCCUGCGGUGCUGCAUAACCUUAAAGUUAGAUUCUGUGAUCGCAAUGCCAUCUACACAUACUGCGGGAUUGUCCUCGUGGCUAUCAACCCUUAUUAUGAUCUACCUAUUUAUGGAGACGAAACUAUUAUGGCUUACCGUGGCCAGUCCAUGGGGGAUCUGGAUCCCCACAUAUUCGCCGUUUCAGAAGAGGCCUAUACGAAGUUGGAAAGGGAGAGGCGAGACCAGAGUAUCAUAGUAAGCGGCGAGUCCGGCGCUGGCAAGACAGUAUCAGCAAAGUAUGCGAUGCGAUAUUUCGCAGCCGUCGGAGGUAAUGCCAGCGAGACUCAAGUGGAGAGGAAAGUACUUGCUAGCAGUCCUAUUAUGGAGGCGAUAGGAAACGCGAAAACAACACGCAAUGACAAUUCCUCCCGUUUCGGCAAGUUCAUAGAGAUCCACUUCGAUUCCCAAUACCGGAUAUCCGGGGCCAGUAUGCGGACAUAUCUUCUGGAAAAAUCUAGAGUUGUCUAUCAAAGUAGUGGGGAAAGGAACUAUCAUAUUUUCUACCAAUUGUGUGCAGCGGCGGCUAUGGAUCAACUGCCGGAUUUGCAAUUAGAUCACCAAGACGCAUUCCAUUAUUUGAAUCAAGGCGGUAGUCCUGACAUUGAUGGUGUGGAUGAUUACAAGACAUUCAAAGAAACUAAAAAUGCUUUAACCACUUUGGGUGUAACAGAAUCCGAGCAACAGAACAUGUUCACAGUGUUAGCGGCCAUCUUGCAUUUGGGUAAUGUGCAACUGACGUCAGAGCCAGAUGACGGCGAUCCGAAUAACCAAGAUGGCGCCUAUAUACAUCCACAAGACAAGCACUUAACAGCCGCUUGUUCGCUCCUGGGCGUGUCCCGAGCGGAACUAUCCCGCUGGCUGACCCACCGGCGCAUAGCAUCAGCGCACGAAGUGAUCGUGUCCCGCAUGGACCGCCUUCGCGCCGCCUUCGCUCGCGACGCGCUAGCGAAGCGAAUGUACGGCGAGCUGUUCGCGUGGUUGGUGCGGGCGGUUAAUAGGGCGCUGGACACUGGCAACACGAAGAGACACUUUAUUGGUGUCCUUGAUAUCUACGGAUUCGAGACGUUCGAAAUAAACUCGUUCGAACAGUUUUGUAUCAAUUACGCAAACGAAAAACUGCAGCAACAGUUCAAUUCGCACGUAUUCAAGCUGGAACAAGAUGAAUAUAUUAAGGAAGAAAUAUCCUGGCAAAUGAUAGAUUUCUACGACAACCAGCCUUGUAUAGACCUCAUAGAAGAUAGACUCGGUAUUCUAGCGCUUUUGGACGAAGAAUGCAGAGUCCCACAAGGCUCGGAUAUGGGCUUUGUUGGGAAAUUACAUGAUAAGUGCGUGAAGUACCCGCAUUUCUUGAAGCCGAGGUUUGGGAACGCUGCUUUCAUCAUAAAGCACUUCGCAGACAACGUAGAGUACCAAUGCGGGGGUUUCCUCGAAAAGAACAGAGAUACAGUUCUAGAAGAACAGUUGGAGUGUAUAAAGGGCGCUACGAAUUGUCGUCUCAUACACUGCAUGUUCGCUGAGAGCCCAGUAGACCAUUCUGCUACGUUGCCGCCGCCGUCGAAAAGACGGACUACUCCGUCGUUACCUGUGGGCAGUCUUACGCAACCUCCCCGCCGUGCCUCUGGUCAGAAACAAACUGUAGGCGCUCAAUUCAGAGCAUCUCUAUCAGCUUUAAUGGCCACUUUAUCAGCGACAACACCGCACUAUGUGCGUUGUAUCAAGCCGAAUGAUACGAAACAGGCCUUCCAGUUCGACGCGGCACGAGCGGUUAACCAGCUGCGAGCUUGUGGUGUGUUGGAAACUAUAAGAAUAUCAGCAGCUGGCUUUCCGUCUAGAUGGCUUUAUCAAGAUUUCUUCAAUAGAUACCGUCUUCUAUGCAAGUACAAGGAAAUAGAUCGUAGUGACAUUAAGAAGACAUGCUCCCGUGUGCUCGAGAGAUACGUCACUGAGCCUGAUAAAUAUCAGUUUGGUGCUACCAAGAUAUUCUUUAGAGCUGGACAGGUGGCGUACCUAGAGAAAGUGCGCGCGGAGCUGCAGCGCGCGUACUGCGUGCGCGUGCAGAGCUGCGUGCGCGGCUUCCUCGCGCGGCGCCGCUACACGCGCCUCGUCACCGCGCUGCGGGGGAUACAGGCGCGCGCACGGGGAUACCUCGCUAGGCGACGCGCCCAAGAAAUCCGGCGCAACCGGGCUGCCAUUAAAAUCCAGAAACACGUGCGUGGCUGGCUCGCCCGAAAGCGAUACAACAAGCUGCGUCACCUCGCGAUAGGUCUGCAGGCGAGAGCUAGGGGCUUCCUAGCUAGGAAGUAUUAUAAGGAGAAGAAGUUCCUGAAUGCUACGAUCACAAUACAACGCUACGCCCGCGGCUACCUUGCCAGAAAGAAGGCGAGGUACAUGAAACGACAGAUUGUCAUUGCUCAGGCUGCUAUCCGUCGUUUCCUGGCCCGCAGGCAAUACAAGAAAUUACGUAUCGAAGCUAGAAGUCUGGACCAUGUUAAAUCUCUUAAUAAGGGUCUUGAAAAUAAGAUAAUUUCACUGCAACAGAGAUUGGAAUAUUCACAAGAAAGGGCCAAAAUGAUUGAGCCGUUGCAAGCGCAGAUUGCUGAGUUGAGGUCGAAACUCGAACACCUAAAACAAGUGGAAAUGGAAGCCCGUACACUGAAAAUAGACAUUCAAGACAAAGACAACUUCCUAACAUUACUCCGGGAACAAUUAGCGAAAGAGAAGGAAACAUGCAAACGUCUUGCAGAGGAAAAGAGACAGAUAGAGAGCAAAUAUAAGAAGGAGAAAGAAGAAAUGUUAGGAGAGAGUGAGAAACUAGCGAAGGAAUUGAGAAGCAAUAAAGAACACUAUGAACUACUUAUUGAAGAACGUGACAAACAACACGAAGCGGAGAAAAAAGCGCUGUGUCAAGAAUUAGAAAAUGAACGACAAAGUAGGCAGAAACUGCUGUCUUCUCAAUAUGACUUGCAAGAGAAAAUUGACUCUUUGCAGAGAGCGCCAGCACCAAAGGAACACAGACGCUCUUUGUCGGAUGCCAGCAAUAAUUCUCAACAGGAGACUACUGUUGAAGAUGAUUUCGGCUACGGUUCAGUCCGUUCAGUGGAGACGACCAGACCAGCGCUGGAAGCGGUCAACUGGUCCGCGGGAACUCACAAUGGACCUUCGCCGAUCGCCGACGCUGGCCUAGUACUACGAAUGCAAAACAGAAUUUCAAUACUUCAAGGAGAACUAUCUAGAACUGCCAAACGUGCUACGGACUUGGAAGAUCGGUUGAUGAAUCGUCUGAUGCUACCACCAUCCAAUCCAAACACGGAUCGAUUCAAAGUGGAGGAAUUGGAAAUAGAAAAUAAGAAACUUCGGGAACAAAUUGACAGACUGAGAGCUGCUGGUGACAGCAUUAUACUGUCUAAGGAAGUUAUUGAUCAAAUGGAUAAAAUGCAAAAUGAGUUGGACAGACGCCGCGACGAAUGCGUCCAACUCAAGAGUGUGCUCACUCAUCAGAAACCCUGGUUCCAAACGUUGAAGAGUGUCACGGCGAAUCUAAAGUCGAUUGCAUCCAACUACGGAUCGGAUGUUGACAUCAUAAAUGAAGAUGGGGAAUUGGCUUCGGCUUAUGAAGCUCAGAAAGGCAUUAAUAGGCAACUGCAAGAAGAAUUAACAUCCGAAAAGAGAUUCUAUUUGGAACACAUUUCCAAAACUAAAGCUGAAAUCGAACGCCUCAGGGAGGAAAAUGAAAAGUACCAGAAACUACUCAGCACAGAUCUUAGUCAAGAGCCCAAAAAUAAGAGUCAAGAGUACGCGCAGAAUGAAAUCAUACGAUUGGCCGCUGAAAGUAUGGCGAUUCAGGAAAGAGUCGACAAACUAUCGGAAAGCUGCCGCCGUUACAAGAACCAAAUUAGAUUGCUUGUUAACAAAUUGAAGGAAGCGGGUAUUGAAGAUGUUCAAGAUAUUUUGGAGGGCAACGAUUCAAUGGUAACCCAAAACACAUCACUACCCCUAGAAAUGGCGACUGUAACUCGCAAGAAGGAGAGGGAAUACCUCGGAAUGUUCGAAUAUAAGAUACAAGAUGAGCCGAUGAUUAUAAAGAAACUUAUUCCUGACCUAAAACCCCACAUUGCAUCCACUUUACUCCCGGGUCUACCAGCCUACAUCCUGUUCAUGAUGCUGCGUCACACGGACCAUGUAGACGACGAGCCCAAGAUGCACUCCUUGAUGAAGGGCAUCCGGACUGGGGUCAAGAAGACCUUGAAGAGACGGGCUGAUAGUGUCGAGUAUAGCGCGCUGUGGUUGGCUAAUAUGUUAAGAUUACUAAACAACCUGCGACAAUACAGCGGCGAUGCUGUCUACCAAGCGAGUAACACGCCGCGUCAGAACCAGCAAUGUUUGAGGAUUUUCGACUUAUCUGAAUAUCGACAAGUGUUAAGUGAUAUAGCUAUUUGGAUAUAUCAGGGCCUCAUAAACCUCCUGGAAGGCCAACUGGACCGCCUAAUAGUCCCUGCAAUCCUCGAGUACGAGGAGAUCAGUGGGCUCUCAGGGCCCCGGGGCGGGGCCCCCGUGGCCCCUGUGGCCCCACCGCCCUCUGCAGGGCCCGCAAGGCUCAAACACGAACUGGCGGCCACACAUGAUCAUCUGAAGAUGCAUGAUGUGGAUGCUGGGUUGAGGGUCACUAUAUUUAAACAGCUAUUUUACUACAUUUGCGCGUACAGUCUUAACCAUCUUCUCCUACGCAAGGACCUGUGUUGUUGGGCCAAGGGUCUACAAAUAAGAUACAAUAUAUCUCACCUGGAAACUUGGAUUAAGGAACACUUGGCGGAGUAUGGGCAGAAGAGCGUUGAAGAAACACUAUCAGUACUAAAGCCGAUAACUCAAGCGGUACAACUGCUACAGGCGCGGAAGUCAAUGGCGGACGUCGCUAGCACGGUUGAAAUGUGCGCGGAUUUGUCUGCUAUGCAAGUUUGCAAGAUACUAAACAUGUAUACACCGGCUGAAGAAUAUGAAGUCAAAGUGACGAAAGACUUCAUCCACGAAAUACAGAAACUUAUGCAAGAGAGAGCUCCCAGUGCUAAUAAAGAGCGGGAACCGCAAAAUCUCCUGAUGGACACGAAAAAGAUAUUCGCCGUGACAUUCCAUUACAGCCCGUCUGCCAUACGACUGGAAGAUAUAGAAGUGCCCGACGUUCUGGAACUCGACGGAUUACUCACUAAGAUAUAAGUGGAAAUAUAGAAAAAAUAGUCUAUUAAUUCGUUAUCUGUGCUGGUGUGGUGUCUGUGGUUUUCACGGAAUGUCAAUGUCAAAUUUAAACGUCAACUGUCAUGUGUCUGACACUGGCAAAAAG